UCAAGUGUCGCUCUUUUGAUACUACUCUUCCACAACCCUUGCCAACACUGUCGCAUUAGCUUCCAAAGCUAGGCAGCAGCUCUUCAAUCAGCUAGCAUCACGCGUAUCUACUAAAACAACAUCACGUACUGUAGCCACAGUAGCCUUAGACUUCCUUAGACGAACGCAAUCAUGUCGGACGUUGAGAUCGAGCAGAAGCGAGAGGAGGAUGAGCGCCUCGACACCGCAGAGGACCCCAACGAAGAGGAAGAGAUCUCGGCGAUGAGGCGACGCGUACAAGAGAUGGAGGAGGAAGCAGCCAAGCUCCGCGAGAUGCAACAAUCUCUCGACACAGAGCGCCACGAGAUGCGCGAAAGCAAAGAAGAUGUCGAUGCGCGGAGUGUCUUCGUUGGCAACGUCGACUACGGCGCAAGCCCUGAAGAGAUUCAGGCACAUUUCCAGAGCAUUGGCAGCAUCAACCGUGUCACCAUCCUGCUAGACAAGUUCACAGGUCAUCCCAAAGGGUACGCGUAUGUGGAGUUCACUGAACCCAGUCUGGUCAACGAAGCGCUAGUGCUCGACAACAGCGUCUUUCGCAGCCGGAAUCUGAAGGUUGUACCCAAGCGAACCAACCUCCCUGGCAUGACACGAGGCGGACGCGGAGGCCCUCGCGGAGGUCGUGGUGGCGGCGGCGGAUAUGGAGGCCGCGGUGGACCGUACGGUGGACGUGGAGGAGGCGGAUACGGCGGUGGUGGCGGCGGCUAUGGCCCACCACGAGGAGGUGGUUACCGUGGCGGAUACCGCCCAAGAGGAGGGCCCGGAUUCCGCCCAUACUAGACAAACUCGCAACAUGUCACGAACUAUGCGACUUCGGUCAAACUUUCAGCACUUUGUGGGUUUGGCGCUGUAGACAAAACUCAGUUUGAGAUUGUAACGAAGGACGGGAAUCAGUCACUUUCAGUUCAGGUUUCGAGAUGUAUUAAUACGGAUAUCGGUA